AUGGCUGAUCAGAUUAUAAACGAAGGGCCCUGGUUUGUAAUAGGUUUCUGUUUCAAUGUUCAACGUUGGCCAAGCAACAUGGCCAUAGAGGAACUGCCACUCCACAAGGUGGCUUAUUGGAUCCAAGCCCAUGGGAUCCCUUUGAAUUUACUCACUGCAAGGAAUGCUCUAGAGAUUGGUGAAAAGCUGGGAAAGGUUAAAGAAGUUGAAAACCCUUGGGAGAAAGGUUCAAGAGGCUUCUUGCACAUGAGGGUUAUGAUUGAUUCCAACAAUCCCCUCCCUUAA